AUGGCCGACCCAAGUCAAACACCCAUUCCCGACGUCGUGGGUCAUCAAGACGUCGACAUGGUCGAGGCGCCUCGAACGGCCACUGAGCAAGGUCGCACCCACCAUCUUUCACCUCGCGACUCGGAGGGUCAUCUCACUUUGACCCAGCGCGUCUCCGAGCAUCCCGACACCACCACCGAUCAAACUGCAUCUACCGACAACGGAGCAUCGACCAGCAAUCCUAGUGGGUUAGACUCCGCUCACCUUACUACGACCGCCCACGGCGAUGCGAAUGCGAAUGCGAAUGCGAAUGCGAAUGCGAAUGGUGCGGUCGACGCGUCGCGCGGCGACCAGCAAACUUCGCCCGCCUCGAGCUCGCCCCCACCAUCGGCGCUACGAACGAGCGAGGCACCCCUGUUCCGAUCGCCCAGCACCGACAGGGAGGAGGACGACGAUCACUCCUACAGCCAAAGCGAGGACCGAGCACCCCCCUCUCCCGUUCACGCUCACCGACCUUCCAACCGCGACGACAAGGAGAAUGCUUCCCUUGCGGCCCGUCCUCCGAAUAAUGGUGUCCUCGGCGUCAGCACCCAUAGCGGCGCCGUAGCAGGUCCAUCCUCCCCGACCAACUCGUCGCCUCAGUCGAGCCUUACCCCUCCUCCUUCACCCGAACCGUCGGAGGCUCGGGAACGUCCCACGAAACGACCCAAGCAUGCCACCUCGUCCCAACUCGAACUCGCGACUGCCGACGGCGCUCGACCCAAGACGACGAUCCCUUCCCCACCCUAUUACAGCGUCGUACGGUCCAAACCCAACUCUCCGGCGAACCCGCACGUCCUACGUAUACACCCGGGCGUGACCGACGCCCCCAAGAGCCGCGUCAGUUGGCCCAAGAAUGUGACACCGGGAGAACGCGUCGCCGGCAAAGUGAACUGGUACGAGCUGCAGUCCAAAGACUCCGGCACGCACAAGCUGUGGAGGAUCAACUUGGGCCACUCGUUGGCUCGAGAUCUCAACUUGGACGAUGGAGGUACGUGAACGGCGCGAAAAUCUUGCCUCUCGAUCUUGGGAAGGACAUAAGACCUGCCACUUACGCUCGUUGGUCACAAAUAUCCUUCUCUGCAGAGGGUGAGGCCUGGAUACUUGAUUCUUGGCCCGACGACUACGUCUUUACGAUCCACCAUUCAUCGUCGACGUCUUCGCACAAGGAUCGAACGGACCCUUACCUCUUUGGCUCACCCGCGACCAAAAAAUUUCGCUCGGUCAACGAGUUUGCGCCUCACCUGUUCUGGCUCGCGCGUCGUUGGUCCGACGAGGGCAUGAGAUGUUAUUGCAAAUACUGCAACGGCAACAAACUACAACGCGUCGUGAAUCAUGAUCUAGGUUUGAACCAAUCACCGCUCUCUGGCGUUCGCUCUACCGGUGGCUCGAUGCGCCCGGGAGGAUCGAGACCGAGCUCGCCCGCUCGAUCGAUCGGAUCCUCAGCGGGAGGCGCGCCUUCGUCGAUCCAAAAGAAAAAGGUGAAACGAGUGCAGAGUAGCCUGAUCCCAGAAGAUCAGAAGGUAUCGCAUACGCCGAAUGGCGCCAAAUCAUCCAAAGUCAAUGGGGUGGCCAUCGUCGGAACGAGCGAGCCCACCCCCGCGCAGUUCAAGACGCGUACCCUGGGCCCGACGUACAACGGCACGUACACGAACAAACAACGCGACAUGGACCUCGGAGACGGUGCUCGGUACCGUUACUGCGAACUCGUGUGGGUCCGCCUACCCGAACCCCUGCGCGACCUUUCGGUUGCCGACUCCGAAGCGGAGGGUCACGUUCCCGACUUGACUUGUUGGCCCGCAUUGAUUUCGGAUCGGUCGGUCAAGAUCGAGUCGAUCAAAGUCCCCUCCACGGUCCCUGGUGGCGCACCUACGAUCCGUAACACGGAGACGUUCGUGUACUCGGCCAAACUCUUCGCCGCGUUCGACGAAUUGACCCUGCUCAAGGAAACGUCCGUCAUGCCUUGGAAGGGGUACGAAGCCGAUCGGAACUUGACCCGACGGGAUCUGAUCCUCUCGCCCGAGGCGAUUGCCCACGUUUGGGAUGGCGUGGAAUCGCAUCGACCUCGAUUGGACGACUUCAAUGGCGACGUCAGAGCCGCGUCGACGAGCUUCUCCUUGGCGGCCCAAAUCGCAGCGCAUCUCGUCGUCACCUUUUCAUUGAUGGACAAGUACAAAUUACUCGAUGAUCACAUCAAGUUCGACCCCGAGGUCGUGCUCAGUCAGGAACAAAAGGCACGCGUCGAAGAACAACUUUCGGCGUCGCAUUACCAACAAAUGUGGUCCGGUCCAGAAUUGAUGUGGUCCGGCGAAAUGGUGAGGUUGAAGCUCGACGUCGAUGCGAUCAUUCACCCCUUCGCGGAAGGGUCGGAGCCUAUCAUUCGUGUGAAUGGCAAGUUGGCCGAAGGGGCGAAUUUGAGGAGUCUAUUUUUCAAGACGACGGGUAUUUACCGCACGGCGAAGAACUCGGGAAUGCUCGCUGGCAAACUUUACGAACUGAGACCUAUCGUCGAAGGGGACGAUUCGAGUGCCGUCGCUGCAACGACUUUAGAUUCGCCGACCAAGACGGGAUCGAUGUUUAAGAGCGCUUUGAGCAAGACCAAGUCCUUCUUUGGUGCAUCUACAGCGACAUCAGCAUCGAACUCACCGAGCUCGCUUAACGGUUCUGGCGCAGGCCCUAGCAGCGCCGAUCAUCUCAACAAGCCUGUGGAGGAGCUGCGAGAUCCUUACAUCCCGUCCGCGCCCCCCGGCUACGAAUUUCAUUGCCUCACCCAUCCGAACGAGAACAUCCACCUCUCAACCGGCUACCUCGCCGGCCGCUACCACCCAUUACCGAGCAACAUGUUCCGCUCUCGCUCGGACGUUGAGAAGGCGAUCGCGAGGGUUCCGGCGCUCAAGACUUUGGAAGCGGCGAGGGCGAGGGACCCGGUCAAGGAUACGCUGACGAUGCUCGAGAGGCAGUUGGCGAUGGCGGGCUUGACUCCCGGUUUUUGGUCCCAUUCAGAGGUGAGUUGUUAAGACCCGUUUUGGACCACCGUUGGUUCGGAGCUGAUCGGGGGAUUAUCUCUCCUUGCUUGUGCAGGUGUACGUUUGGUGUCGCACUCGUCACGACGCCGUCAUCGCUUCCGAAGAGAAGGGUCAGGUCAGUGUAAUUUAGAUCUUGCCCUUGCAAGUCCGUAAACGUCGCACGACUCAUUCAUGUUGUUCUGGCUUUUUCGAUUUUUACAGAAAGAGAUGUUUGAAUUUUUCAAAACGAACUUGACAUCAGAAGUGAUCGAGCGCGUCGCUGCAAUCAGCAAGGAGAAACGAGUCGCUCGCGUGCAGCUUUCACCUUCCCUGGGGUUGGAGACUGGGGAGGGGGGGAGCAAGGAAGAAUGA